AUGGAGUGGUUGUGUGAACGUGCUACUCUGAGUCCUAAGAACGACCAUGCUUCUGUCAUUAAUGACACUUUAUUGAAGGCGUUCGAAGGCGGAGAACUUCAAUACAACUCUGUGUACUCUGUAGUAAAUACGGAUAAUGCUUUUCAGUAUCCUGUGGAAUUCUUGAAUGCACUCAACCCGCCUGGACUACCAACUCAUAAACUUGUCCGCAAAGUGGGUGCUCCAGUAAUAUUACUGUGUAAUCUGAACCCUCCUAAGUUGUACAACGGGACCAGGUUGCGUAUAAAAGCGUUACAUAACAAUGUGGUAGAGGCCACUGUCAUUACUGAUUGCGCUAGAGGUGAAUCCAUGUAUAUACCACGCAUACCUCUAAUACCAUCUGACUACCCGUUUGAAUUUAAAAGGUUGCAGUUCCCUCUUAAGGGAAUAUUUUCGACACUGCCGAUAGAAGAUGUUCUUAUUACUCAACUAACUAAAUCAUUGGGAAUUAAUGUAACGCGAAUACAGAGAAAUUUAGAAGAUGCUAAAUUUAGAGAGCAAUACUUGGAUUUGUAUAAAGAAAUGUUAAAGGCAGGACAGGAGCUCGAAGAUACGCCUGGCCGAAUCUCUGACAUAGAUCCAUCAAUGAUAAAGGGUAUUGCAAACCGUAGGCGCGCUGUCUCUGCAUCUCCAGUUGGCAAUCGUAGAGCACGCUCCCAGGCUCUCAGGAGAGAAAAACUCAACAGCCAAAGUAUGAGAAGCCAUCAAGUACACUCUAGACUAGCCAGUUUAAGCAGUGAUUAAAUUAUAUUUAAUAUUGUUGCACACUAAAUAAUUUCAUGUACUAA